CACACACACAGAGAGAGAGAGGCAGAGGGAGAAGCAGGCUCCCUGCGGGGAGCCCAAUAUGGGACUCAAUCCCAGAACCCAGGAUCACACCCUGAGCCAAGGCAGAUGCUCAGCCGCUGAGCCACCCAGGGGCCCUGUAGAUCCUGUUUCUUGAUCCAUACAGUGGGGUAUCUGACAAAACAAGAGGGCAGAGCUUGUCACUGUAUAGCCAGAGGGCUCCAGGUUAGGCGGCUGGGACUCCGUGGGCUCCUUACAGAUGCUCGGAGGGUGCAUGCCCAGUGGCCUUCCAGCUCUCCUACACGGAGAAAGUGUGAACUGCAGUGGGAAAGCCUGAAGCACGACAUGAAGAACAGCUUUAGAAUGAAACUUUUCGAGGCCUAGGAUGUGCCCGGAUGGAGGAGAUGGUGGGUGGGUGCAGGGGGUGCUGGCAAGGACAGUGGUGAGAGCCUCCUGGGCUUUGUCAGCACGGAAUCACUCCCAGAUGUGCUGUUGAGUGGAACCGGUCAGCCCUGGCAUGUGUGCACAUCAGUGGGACCAGGGCUGCAUGGGGUGUGGGGAGGGGGAUGGCUGUUAGAUCCACUCCCACUCAGACUAAUCGGAACCAGUUAGACCCUCUUAGGACUUUUCCAAGUGGCUCCUGAGAGCAAGUUGGGUGUGAUUGGGCCCUGUCCUGAAGAUGGGCCUGAAGCUCUGGCAUUGGAAGGCUGGGGAAGAGUUCAGCCCCCUACAGCCCGGAGUUUGGGAUUUAGCGGUGGCAAUUUCUGCUUUGGGAUCUUCUCUGAUUAGGCCUCUCCCCUCUGCUUCCCUCCUCCCCACCCCCCUCCCCGGCUCCCUCUUAGGUUCUGAAGGCAAGAGAAAUCCUGGGAUCUGAGAAGGUCCCACACUCCAGAGCAAGACAGAAGCUUGCCCUCUGGCUCUUUCUCCCUGGGUGACAUCAUUCCCCUUGGGGCCAGGAAAGGCAGCUUGCUCAGUGGAGACCCAGCUGAUGCUCCUGCCUCCCCGACUGCCUCCCCUACACUUCCUUCUCCUCUGGCCUUCCCUCCCACAGCUGCCUUCUGCACUCAGUGUCUGCACGGUGGCUGGACAGCCAGGCCGGCCUGAGAAUGGGCUAGAGGGUGUGGGGUUUCCCUUUCCCUCUUGGGCUCUUACUCUGUGGGGGAAGGGGUGGCUGGGACAGAAGGAGCAGGGCAGAGACAAGUUCCUCCUUGAUGGGACCCAGCCGAUGAACAGGAUCCUAUCGUUGCUGUGUGUUAAGGUCUCCCGAGGAAGAACUGUUCUGGAAGUUCCUAGAAGUCUUAUGAUAACCCUAAGAACUCCCCUCCGGGCCAUGCGUACACACUCAUUAUGUCACCUCAGCUGGCCAGAGCUUUAGGAAGCAGAAACUCUUAUUCCCAUUUUGAAGAACGGAGAAAGUGAGCAGCAGUUUAAACCGCCAGGGCAGGUCCCACAGCUUCUGUGGAGCAGAGUGGGGAUUUGAACUCCGUGCGUUCUAUCUCUAGAACCCAAGACCUUAACCAACACAGAGUCUCACUUUCCACCCGGGUAUAAUUCCAUCUCCUGUUAACCUAAAUGGGGCUUCUGUUUCACGGGCGGCUCCAAAUUCAUACAUACCCACACAGUCAUUCUCCCUGGAAAAGGGUACAAAAUGUCAGCGUUAUUUCCUCAGGAUUUUUCCAUACUGGAAGAGAUUGAAUGGGGGCAUUUCAUUCCUCCCACUGCCUCUGAUCUGACCUGGACUGUGUUCAGCCUUCUGGAAGGAAGCCUGCAAGCCUCAGACUCCUUGCCUGUUGGUGAAAUGAAGCCACUAGCCAUCUCCCUGCCUCUUUCUCCCUGUGGGGUGCGUCAUUGUCUGCGGGCAGCACAUCUGGAGAGCUGACUUGGGUGUCCAUGAAGGAAGUGGGUGAUGACUUGCAAGAUCAGAUGAACUGCAUGAUGGGUGCACUGCAGGAACUGAAGCUCCUCCAGGUGCAGGCGGCGCUGGAACGGCUGGACAUCUCUGCAGGGAGCACAGCCCCAGGUGGCCCAGGGAGCCCUGGAACACAGCCGGAGCCCGCUCGCUGGGCCGCCACAGCCCACUGCGCCUCCAGGUGUCUUCCUCUGAGCACCGAGCUUCCGGCCCCUGGCAGCGUGUGCGGGUGCGGUGUGCAGCCCCUCCCCGGGGCACAGCCUGCAGGGCACCAGGGCCGCACGCAGCCGGGGCCAGAGCCACUGGAACCUGAAGACUGGACCUCCACGUUGAUGUCCCGGGGCCGGAACCGACAGCCGCUGGUGCUGGGGGACAACGUCUUUGCGGACCUGGUGGGCAACUGGCUGGACCUGCCGGAGCUGGAGAAGGGGGCGGAGAAGGGGGAGGUGGGGGAGCCCCAAGGGGAGAGGAGCCAGCCCCGGGAGCUGGGCCGCAGGUUCUCUCUCACAGCGAACAUCUUUAGGAAGUUCCUGCGCAGCGUGCGGCCGGACCGGGACAGGCUGCUGAAGGAGAAGCCGGGCUGGGCAACCCCCACGGCCUCCGAGCCCAGGGCCGCCCGCUCACACAAGGCCAAGAAGCGGAGCCAUCCCAAGGGCCCUGGACGGUUCCCCUUCCCAGGCACCGCAGAGCCCGGACGCGGGGAAGGCCCUGCCGCCAGCUGCCCCAAGGCCCUGGAGCCCUCGCCCUCUGGCUUUGAUAUCAACACGGCUGUUUGGGUCUGAGUCCUGGAGACAGAAAGUUGACUGAGCCCCAGAGCGGGCCCCGUGUGCUGGGAAGCAUGGGCUGUGGACACUAUGGCUUUCGAAAGCCAAACUCCUGAGUUCCUUUCCCCCAGGAAGGAGGGCGAAACAGCGAGAGUGUCUGGAGCUGAGGGUUGUGUAUGGUUGAGUCAGGCUGUGGUGGGGGGCUGGCUGUUGAGGAGGUGAGGGCUCCUGGGCAUGGAGAGACGUGGCAGGGGGGGUACUCACCUUGGGGCUGCAGGUGACAAGAGGGGCAGGAACAGAGCAGUGGGCAAUCUUGAUCCUUCACUGCCCCCAAAGACCUCAGUUGAACAUUUUGUAAGAUUAGAGUGCUGGGGUCUCUGGUCCCCCCCCAGAGGCUCCCAAUAAAGACCUCGUCUGUCUCUCUGUCA